CGCUCAAGCGUCCAAUUCCAGCAUAUUUUUUCUUCAUUAAUCCGUUGACAAACGCGUAACAAUGAAUGACCCGUUUGCUAUGCUGGACCCGGUGCAGAAGUCUGGACCGUCGUCCAAUACCGGGACUGGUGCAUCGAACUUUGCCACGGCUCCAAGACCAGCUUACUUACCGAUGGCCAACCCUUUCGACAAUUUCGCGAGUGCCAAUCCUGGAAACUCGAUGAUGAUGCCUCAGCAGCAGCAGUCAAUGUAUCCAAACGGUGCUAACUUCAUGACUCAACAGGGCCCCCCAGCAUUUGGUGGUCUUGGUGGUGGAAACCAGCAAUUCGCCACAUACACUCCGUACCAGCAGCAAAUGCCAACACCCGCCCCCGUAAUGAUGAUGCCACCACCACAAAUGCAAAUGCAGUCACAGAUGCAGCCGCAAUUUCAGCAGAACCAGAGCAAUGCCCCCACCAAGCUGAUGCCAAUGCCGACCUAUGGGGGAGAGCCAAUCAUGUACGACAACAUCAAGAACGUCAUGAAACCAGCGGACCCGUUCUCCACAGCCCCCAAUCUCGCAGUGAUUCGUGCCCCUGAGCACACGUUAGCUUCACCGCAGCUGCACCAAACGCGAGAUACAAAGUCUACGGUCGUCGACUUCGACCCCUUCAGCCCCAAAGGCGCCACACCCCGGACGCCAUUCGACUUUCCUGACGAUGCCACAGCCACGAACACCUCCAAUGACCGCUUUUCAUCUUUUGGAGGCAAACGUCCAACUCAAGAAGAGCAACGAUCGCAAUUGGGCUUCUCGUCGGAGGCCUUCGCGGCUGCUUCAGCCAAACCGUUGCAGCACAGACUCUCGCUUAGAGAUGUCAACAACAACACCAACACCAACAACGACGACAAUAGCCCCUACUUCCUCGAAGGUAAUGACGCCUUUAUGCACUCGAAUUUCGCCAAUCUGGAUGACUUUGAGACAAACACGACAAGAAGAGGCAGUUCAAAUGAACGCAACGCAGCAAGUCCGUCCAUGGAGUCAACUAGCCAUGGAGAGAUCCCAGAGGAAUGUUGCAAGGACGAAUACGAUGUUCGCUUUGAAAGUGGCCGUAAGCUUGGUGUUCUUAUGGAACGAGUUGACGUUUGGAACGCGGCCAACCAGCGCAAGGAGACUGCUGUGGUGAAACUUGUGGUUGAGAAUGGCUCUGCCGACCGCGUGGGUGUGAGUAUCGGUAGCACCGUGGUGGCUAUCAACCGGAAAAGCGUAGAGAACGAGACCUACAUUGCCAUUUUGGAUAUGAUCAAGGCUGCUCCACGGCCUUUACGCAUGCGAUUCCAGCGCGGUCCUCAGAGCAAGGACACCACACAGGGCACUGUUCUUACUAGAAUUUCCAAUGGCACAUUUAGUGUUGGCAACCUUACAUCGGGCAAUGCGUCGUGGACAACCAAGUAUUUUGCCUUUGGAGGUUCAAAGAUGGAUGUUCUUCAGCUCUUCGUGUCCCGAGCAGCCUACCACGAGUGUGUGAUAGCUUUGUACGAAAAGCGAGGCGUGCACACGCAGAUCCAGUCCUUCCGUUUGUGCCGAGACCACAAGAUCUCACCGAUCAAGUGCAAGAUCUACAAGGGUUACGGAAAUCUGCACUACUUCUCGCUGACGGUGCCCUCGCUACGCUUUGUGGCUGCCAAGUUCGCAAGUGACGACUACGCGACCAUCAAGAACAUUUGGUCCAACACUUACGACGCCAUUGAACGCAAGAAGCGCAUGGCGUACUGA